AUGCAGCAGAAUCGUGGAGAAUAUUUGUUCCGAAGCUCCUCGCCCCUGCAUAGUGGGGGGCUGGCGCCGGCGGCAGGCAGCAUGACCACUUCCCCUUCGAGUCUCGCGCACCUCAACAAUCCGUACAUGCAAAGCUUUAACCAAGGGACGACAGGUGGCACUGGGCGACCAUCAGCGGUUGUGCGGCGCGCGGCCCCAACUUUAAUGACGGCUGCGGAUACACUACAGGAACAGGGGAGCAAAGCUCCUGAAGAGCGUGCGAUGCUUCGCAGUGAGCUUUCCCGCGGAUGUGAGUCACCCGCUGUAGAGACAAAUGAGCGUCAGACGGAGGUGCAUCGUACAUUGGAGCUGCAGCGCUUGCUGCGGGUGGAGCGAGGGAUGCGUCUUUCGGCGGAACGGCGAAUUCUAGAGGAGAGAGAAAAGGGGACCCGAGCUGCUAUCGUCAUUGAGGCCAACUACGGUGCACGUAUGCUGUAUUCCAUCUUUCUCGAAGCCAUCGCGACACUCCCCUCUGCUCGCACUUCUGGUGCUGCUGCUGAUGCGUGGGACAAAGCAGGCCGUCCGCUUCGCAGCCCCUCACGGCGACAUUUACUGGCCCCCUCCCGCAAUGGGGAGGAAGCUCCGCAUGCGGCGUCGGCACUGGCAGCCGAUGACGGGCGGCUUGCGGAGGAGAACCGCCUGCUGCGGGCGCAGGUGGAGCGAUACAGGUCCAUAGAGACAGAGGACCGGCAGGAGCUAAAUGAACUGCACCGAAACAUGCAGACUGCGAUUGAUCGACUGACACGCGAGUGCGAGGCACUGCACACGGAAUUGACGCGCUACAAGACGGAGCGUCAACCUUUGCAGUGGGCGGCGGAGCGUGGGAGAGUCGUGCCGACCGACGAACGCUCAAUGUGGCACUAUGCGCACUUCAUAGACCCGUCCGCGGCCAACAUGGAGGAGUCCCCUGAACUCGCGUGCCGUCUUCGGGUACUGCCGUUGCGUGAGAGGCCAAAAUAG